GGUUUGCAAGCCCAGAUGUCAGACUUCCUGUCGCGGAGAUCCUCAGCGCUCACCCGGCUCCCGUCCAGCCUCCCCUGGGCAGGAGGAGCGUGCGCGGGGCGGCCUCACCCCUCCUCCCUCCCCACCCCGAAGGCAGGAAUUUCUGGGAUGGGCAGCUGCCCCUCCCCCCCGUCCUCCUCCUGUAAACCGGAGAGGGUGGGGCGGGGAGGAUCUCCGCGACUUCCCGGCCUCCCGGCCCCGAGCCCAGGGUCCGCACACUGCGGCGACCGCAGAGACGGAGGGGGGCGCAGGGGCGCAGGGCGCGAGGCCCCGGGAGGCGCGGGGCGCCGCGGCGGCUGCGGUCCCGCCUGCGCCUCGCCGAGCACUCGGGCUGCCCGCUGCGCCCGGCGAGCCCCGAGGCUGGCGAUGUCGCUGCUGCCGUCGCUGCUGCAGCUUCUGCUGCUGGGGGCGCUGGUCCACGAGGGCGCGGCGGCAGCGCUGAGCCCCGAGCCGGUCCUCGAGUGGCAGGAUAAAGGAAUCUUUGUUAUCCAAAGCGAGAGCCUCAAGAAAUGCAUUCGAGCAGGCAGGUCUGUACUGACUCUAGAGAGCUGCAGGCCACCGGACGGGUACAUGCUGUGGAAAUGGGUUUCAAACCACCGCCUCUUUAAUGUAGGAGGCAGCGGUUGCCUGGGCCUGAAUUUGUCUAACCCAGAGCAGCCAUUAAGCAUCUACGAGUGUGAUGCCACCCAUGUUUCCUUGAGAUGGCACUGCAGUCGGAACAGGAUCCUCGGCCCGCUCCAGUACAUGGUCCAGGUGAAUCCCGACAACACCCUUGUGGCCUCUCGGAAAUAUCUUCACAAGUGGAUUUCCUACAUGUCAGACGGUGGAGGCAUUUGUGAAUAUCUGCACAAAGAUUUGUACACCAUCAAAGGGAACGCCCGAGGGACGCCAUGCAUGUUUCCCUUCCAGUACAAGCAGCGGUGGCAUCAUGAGUGCGUCCGGGAAGGGCGGGGAGGUGACUCACUGUGGUGUGCUACAACGAGCCGAUAUGAAAGAGACGAGAAGUGGGGAUUUUGCCCGGAUCCCACAUCUACAGAGGUGGGUUGUGAUGCUGUCUGGGAGAAGGAUCUCAAUUCACACGUUUGCUACCAAUUCAACCUGCUUUCAACUCUGUCCUGGAGUGAGGCACAUUCUUCAUGCCAGAUGCAAGGAGGCGCUUUACUAAGUAUUACAGAUGAGACUGAAGAGAAUUUCAUAAGGGAGCACUUGAGCAGUGAAGCCGUGGAAGUAUGGAUGGGCCUGAACCAGCUGGAUGAAAAUGCUGGCUGGCAGUGGUCUGAUAGAGCACCUCUUAACUACCUAAACUGGAACCCAGAAAUAAAUUUUGAGCCAUUUGUUGAACAUCACUGUGGAACAUUUAAUCCAAAAAUGCCAAGUGCCUGGAGGAGUCGGGACUGUGAGUCCCCCUUGCCUUAUAUAUGUAAAAAAUAUUUAAACCACACUGAUCAGGAAGUGACUGAAAGAGAUGCUUGGAAAUACCAUGCUACCCACUGUGAGCCCGGCUGGAAUCCCCACAAUCGUAACUGCUACAGACUUCAGAAAGAAGAAAGGACCUGGGGUGAAGCUUUACAUUCUUGCCAGUCUAAUAACAGCACGUUAACAGACAUAGCUUCCUUAGCAGAGGUGGAGUUUCUUGUAACCCUCCUUGGAGAUGAAAAUGCAUCAGAAACAUGGAUUGGUUUGAGCAGCAAUAAAAUUCCAGUUUCCUUUGAAUGGUCUAAUGGUUCCUCCAUCACCUUUACUAAUUGGCACUCACUUGAGCCCCAAAUUUUUCCAAAUAGAAGCCAGCUCUGUGUCUCAGCAGAGCAAUCUGAGGGACACUGGAAAGUUAAAAAUUGUGAAGAGACCCUUUCUUUCGUUUGUAAGAAAGCAGGCCAUGUGCUUUCAGACCCUGAGUCAGGCUGUCCGGGGGGAUGGGAGAGACACGGUGGAUUCUGUUACAAAAUUGACACCAUCCUUCGUAGCUUUGACCACGCCUCCAGUGGCUAUUACUGUCCCCCUGCACUUGUGACCAUUACCAACAGGUUUGAACAGGCUUUUAUCACCAGUUUGAUCAGUAGUGUGGUAAAGACGAAGGACAGUUAUUUUUGGAUAGCUCUUCAAGAUCAAAAUGAUACAGGAGAGUACACCUGGAGGACAACAGGGUGGAAGUCUGAGCCAGCGCAUUACACACACUGGAAUGCACAUCAGCCCCGCUACAGUGGUGGCUGUGUUGUCAUGAGAGGAAGGAGCCCACCUGGUCGCUGGGAAGUGAAGGACUGUAAACACUUUAAGGCAAUGUCCCUGUGCAAGCAACCAGUGGGAAAUCGGAGUAAAACUGAGCAGGAGGAGAGAUGGCCGCUUCACCCCUGCUAUUUGGACUGGGAGUCAGAGCCCGGCCUGGCUAGCUGCUUCAAGGUAUUUCAUAACGAAAAAGUCCUAAUGAAAAGAACAUGGAGAGAAGCUGAAGCAUUUUGUGAAGAAUUUGGAGCUCAUCUUGCAAGCUUUGCCCAUAUUGAGGAAGAGAAUUUUGUGAAUGAGCUUUUACAUUCAAAAUUUAAUCGGACAGAAGAAAGGCAGUUCUGGAUUGGAUUUAAUAAAAGAAACCCACUGAAUGCUGGCUCUUGGGCGUGGUCUGAUGGAACUCCUGUUGUCUCUUCAUUUUUAGACAAUACUUAUUUUGAAGAAGAUGCAAGAAACUGUGCUGUUUAUAAGGCAAAUAAGGUGUUGCUGCCCUCCCACUGUGGUUCCAAACACGAAUGGAUAUGCAAAAUUCCAAGAGAUGUGAAACCCAAGAUACCACCCUGGUACCAGUAUGAUGCACCCUGGCUCUUCUAUCAGGAUGCAGAGUACCUUUUUCAUACCUAUGCUGCGGAAUGGUCCUCCUUUGAGUUUGUCUGUGGCUGGCUGCAUGGGGAUAUUCUCACAAUUCAUUCUGCACAUGAGCAAGAAUUCAUCCACAGCAAAAUAAAAGCGCUCUCAAAGUAUGGUGUAAAUUGGUGGACUGGACUUCGAGAAGAAAGAGCCAAUGAAUUUCGCUGGAGAGAUGGAACACCAGUAACAUAUCAGAACUGGGACAAAGGAAUAGAAGGACGCAUGGAUAAUCAGAGCCAGAGAUGUGGCUUCAUUUCAUCCAUAACAGGGCUCUGGGCAAGUGAAGAGUGUCUAGUUUCUAUGCCCAGCAUCUGCAAGCGCAAGAAGUUCUGGGUCAUAGAGAAAGAGAAAGAGACACCAAAACAUGGAACAUGUCCCAGAGGAUGGCUGUAUUUUAACUACAAGUGCCUUUUGGUGAAAAUCCCCAAAGUCCCAGCAGAUUGGAAGAACUGGACAUCUGCUCAAGACUUUUGUGUUGAAGAAGGAGGGACACUGGUGGCCAUUGAAAAUGAGGUGGAGCAAGCUUUCAUUACUAUGAAUCUUUUUGGCCAGACCACUAAUGUGUGGAUAGGGUUGCAAAAUGAUGAUUAUGAAAAGUGGCUAAAUGGAAAGCCUGUAGCAUAUUCUAACUGGUCUCCAUUUGAUAUAAUAAAUAUUCCAAGUCAUAACACCACUGAAGUUCAAAAACAUAUUCCCCUCUGUGCCUUGCUGUCAACUAAUCCUAAUUUUCAUUUCACUGGAAAAUGGUAUUUUGAAGACUGUGGAAAAGAAGGUCAUGGGUUUGUUUGUGAAAAAAUGCAGGAUACUUCUGGACCCAGUGUAAAUACAUCUGAUAUGUAUCCAAUCCCCAAUACCUUAGAAUAUGGAAACAGAACUUACAAAAUAAUUAAUGCAAAUAUGACUUGGUAUACAGCAAUAAAAACCUGCCUGACGCAUGGAGCAGAACUGGUCAGCAUUACAGAUCAGUACCACCAGUCCUUCCUCACUGUAAUCCUCAGCCGGCUAGGACAUGCCCUCUGGAUCGGACUCUUCACUGAAGAUAAUGGCCUUAAUUUUGACUGGUCAGAUGGCACCAAAUCCUCCUUCACUUUUUGGAAAGAUGAUGAGUCGUCCUUCCUGGGUGACUGUGUUUUUGCCGACACCAAUGGACGCUGGAGUAGCACAGCCUGUGAGUCAUUUCUGCAAGGAGCCAUUUGUCAUGUACCUGCUGAAACAAGACCAUUUGAAUACCCAGAGUUAUGCUCAGAAACAUCUAUUCCCUGGAUAAAAUUCAAAAGUAAUUGCUACAGUUUUUCUACAGUCCUAGACAGUAAGAGUUUUGAGGCUGCUCAUGAAUUUUGCAAAAAGGAAGGAUCUAAUCUUUUAACAAUCAAGGAUGAAGAUGAAAAUUCAUUUCUCCUAGAAGAGCUUUUAGCUUUUGGUUCUUCAGUUCAGAUGGUUUGGUUGAAUGCUCAGUUUGAUGGUGACAAUGAAACCAUAAAGUGGUUUGAUGGAACUCCCACAGACCAGUCAAACUGGGGCAUUCGGAAGCCAGAGAUAGACCAUGACAAAGCCCAUCUGUGUGUUGCCCUGAGGAUCCCUGAGGGAGUAUGGCAGUUAUCCCCAUGUCAAGACAAAAAGGGAUUUAUAUGUAAAAUGGAAGCAGAUAUUCAUGUUGUAAAGGAGCAUCCAGGAAAAGGACCAAGUCACAGCCUCGUACCUCUUGCUGUAGCACUGACACUGAUAGUGAUUCUGGCAAUCGCCACACUUCCCUUCUGCGUAUACAAGCACAACCGUGGCAUCUUCAGGAGACUUACAGAGUCCGGGAACCCGUACUAUCCUACCACUAACUUCAGUACGGUACAUUUAGAAGAGAAUAUUCUCAUAUCUGACCUUGAGAAGAAUGACCCAGAAUAAUGAGGUCAGAGAAUGCCGCAGCCACGAGCGGUAAAGAAGAUGAUAAAGGGGAGUGCCCUCUCUCUUUUCAUUUACAGACCAGAUGCCUUUAUAAUGUGAAUUGCAUCACUAUUUUAAUUAUUUUUAAAGUGAUUACUGGUUUCUAGUUUUGAGUUAUAACCAAAUCAGAUGAGUGUUGAUUUAUUCAUUUCCCCAAACUGUGAUCUAUUCUUAAAAGGGGGAAAUAUAUAAUGGUUACCUUCAGAACACAAGAACCAUUAAAAAAAAACAACUCCCUAUUGAAAUUCUCAAAUCAAGGUGAAUAAUAGGUUUUGUGUUAAUAUGCUUCUACCAGAAUUUUUUGGAAAUGUUUUAAGUAAUCUGGUAUGUAUUCAGACAUUUACCCACAGUCAUACCAUUACGAGAGAAAGAGAAAGGAAGCAAAGUCUGAAACUCUGCACUUCUGAAAAGGCUUCUGAGAGGCUUCUUGCUUGUUUGUUUUUUAAUUCAAUCUUUUUAAAUCAGUCAUUUCAACAGUGAAGUUUGGAAAACUAAUUUUUAAGGUUAAAACUCACGUUCUGGGCUCUAAACUAAUAUUUCAGGUAAUAUUGAUUUCUAUUAGCUCUGACUUCUUCUCAAACUACAGGAGAAAAAUUAUAUUUCUUUAAAUAGUACAGAUUUUGGUUAGCAGCACACUUUCAUAAACAAAUACAUAAUGUGGCCUAAAACCAUCACCUACUAAAUCAUGACUAAGUUUGAUAGUUAAAAAUGUAGAUAAGCUUAAAGAAUUACUGAGCUCUCAAUACUGUUAAAAUUCAUGCCCUUUAUUGAAAGCUAAAGGUAUAAAAUAAUAUAUAAUUCUCCUAGCAACUAAAAGAUAUAAAAUAUAACUUGAAUUUAGAGGGGGGAAUUUUGAAGAUCUAAAAUACAGUUCAUUAGAACCAAACUAGAGGAUAUGUUGGAAAGUACGAAAUAUGUUGCUUUCCGAUAGCAAUCUAGGCACCCUUGCUCUAUAAAUGAGUUUCUUUGGGGCAUUCUAUUUAGUCUAUGGUUUUUGAGAACCAUCUCUGUCUACAUGGGACUAGUUCGUGCAGUUGGUAAUGAUUUAAAGCAUGAUACUGUCCAUGAAUCAAAAAGCACAGACUUGAUCGUCCUUCAUUAACUUCUUAUAAGGAAAAGUGACUUAUUAAUCAAGACUUAAAAGUUUAUUCAUUACAUGAAUGUUUAUUGAAUUCCUAUGAAGAAUCAACUGCCAUUCUAAAAACCAGAUGGACUAGGGUGAGCAAGUUAGUAAGAUUUCUGUUUUCAGGGCACUUAUUUUCUAGUGAAGGAAAACUGACAGUAACCCAGUAAAGAAAUGAGUAAGUAGAAGACAUCAGGUGGUUAUGAAAAUUAAGUAAGGUCCUAUGACAGAAAUUCACAGGGGGAAUUUCAGGUCCUUUCUAGAGUGUGCAUUUUAAUUAUUAUAUCCGGCUGCCUCCGAACUGGUGGCCACUAGUCACAGGGUGGAGCUCUGAGAGAAAGUACAAAUAAAUUUUGGAAUGAAAACCAUCCAUCAUCAUUAUAAAUAGCAUUUGAGGAGCAUACCCUGAGGAUGGAGUCCUCGUGGCCUGAAACGGUUACUACAGCUUCCAAAGCCGCUCUUUGCUAUUGCUGUGCAGUUUGCUUAUUGGGAUGACCUACUUCCAUAAUUUUUUUUAAGUUUUGGGACUUCUUUUUAAGAAAAGAUAUCACCUUACGUGGCAGUUGUUUAUUUAUGACUCACAAGAAUAACUGGCUGAACUAACCACAUGGUAAAAAAAAAAGCCCAAUUUAACAAUCUGUCAAGUGGAAUUAAAGUUCUGUUCUUUUCCAUGGACUUCGUAAAAACUGCUGAUCAAUUAUCCUUCCAGUCCAGGCGUACUGAAGUGCACUCUCACACAUAACAACUUGACAAAGUAUUAAUAAAGUGGUCUUGCAGACAGAAACUGUACAACUUGUCAGUUCUCUACACUGGGAUAUUUAGUAUUGAAACACAGCUCCAGGGAAUCUGUCCCCACAGACAGAUCAUAUGAAAUUAAAAGAAAUAAAAAAUACUGAAAUAUUCUGCUUUAUUCAUAUAUGUGUACUUUAAGAGACUUUUUCCCACAUCUAUUUUUAACUUGAACCAGAUUUCAUGGCUAUAGUAUGAAAAGAAAUAAGGUAUCAUGGUCACAAACUCCUUCACACAUAAGUAAUGUGUCCCCCUCCAAAGAGAAUCUGUUAUUUUCUAUGACUCUGGGUAAUGGAAAAUCUUGUACUUUCCAGCUGAAAAUAUCUUGGGCUCUUCCAAUUCCAAUAGCCUUCUUUCAAUUUAAAUGUUUCCUCUAUUGAAAAGCUCUACUCUCUACCAAAGGCAGAUUAAAUGGUCUCUUUAGACAAACAUUCAGUCUUCUGG